AUGAUUUAUGGAUUUGGGUCAUGUGGCAGCGUCAAGGAGGCAGAGGUGCUGCUAGCUAACAUGGUCGUCAGGGGGGUCACUCCAGAUAUUAGGACAUAUAAUGUGAUGAUGACGCUGUUUGCGUCAAUGGGGGAUGCGGAGGGAGUUUUGAAAUACUACCAUCAAAUUGGGAGGAUCGGGUUAUGUGCUGAUGCUGUGAGCUAUAGGAUUGUGCUACAGGUGCUAUGUGAGAGGAAGUUGGUGCGUGAAGCAGAAGAUGUGAUAGAAGGAAUUAUCAAGUCUGGCACUAGCAUUCAUGAACAGUCCAUGCCAGUUGUCAUGAAGAUGUAUAUUGAUCAGGGAUUGCUUGAUAAGGCAAAUGCAUUCUUUGAAAGGCAUUGCAGAGGCGAGGAGGUCUCAUCCAAGAAUUUUGCUGCCAUCAUGGAUGCGUUUGCAGAUAGGUGUCUUUGGGAAGAAGCCGAGCAUAUUUUCCACUGUGAUAGAGGGAUUGGGGGCAAGAGGGAGAUAGUGGAAUAUAAUGUGAUGGUCAAGGCUUAUGGUUUAGCAAGAAAGUAUGAUAGAGUCAUUUCUCUACUUGAGAACAUGAAGGGCUGUGGCAUAUCACCAGAUGAGUGCACUUACAAUUCCUUAAUUCAGAUGUUUUCUGCCGGUGGAUUUCCACACAGAGCUAAGAAGCUCUUGCAUACAAUGAAGGACACAGGAUUUAAACCGGUGUGUGACACAUACUCUGCUGUUAUGAGAGCUUAUUCUCGCAAUUCCUUGGCAUCUGAAGCUAUAGAUCUGUACAGUGAAAUGAAGGCCUCAGGUGUUGAACCAAAUGUGGUUGUUUAUGGUUUGCUGAUUAAUAUGUUUGCGGAGACAGGACAAGUGGAGAAGGCACUGCACUAUGGCAACUUGAUGGAAGAAUCUGGAAUCACUCCAAACCAUAUUGUCUUAACUUCGGUUAUCAAGGCCUACAGCAAGAUCAAUUGCUGGAAGGAAGCACAUGGUUUGUAUACAAGGAUGAGGAACAUGGAUGGUGGCCCUGAUAUCAUUGCCUCGAAUACCAUGCUAAACCUGUAUGCAAAACUUGGGAUGGUCAUUGAGGCUAAGGCAAUCUUUGACAAUUUGAGGAGAAAUAAUCAGGAAGAUGAUGUUUCAUACAUUAUCAUGAUGUUUCUCUACAAGAACAUGGGCUUGCUUAAUGAGUCCAUUAAGAUUGCUCAUGAAUUAGAUAAUUCAGGCUUACUAUCUGACUGUGCUGCAUACAAUGCUGUUAUGGCAUGUUAUGUGGCCAAGGGCAACUUGAGAGAUUGUGCAGACCUGGUGCAAAAAAUGGUGGAAGAUAACAUCUUUCCAGAUGCGUCAACCUUUCAGAUGAUAUUUUCUUCAGUGAAUAAAAUUAAUAUUUCAUCAGAGGAAGUUUUGCAGUUAGAAUCAGCAUACAGUGAUGGCAGGAGUUCUGCCAAGCAUGCUAUACUUGCAUUCUUGUUUUCCAUGGCCGGCAUGCAUGCUGCUGCAUUAAAUGUCUGUGAGCAACUUCCAAAGCCUGAGUUGACAAUUGAUCCAUGUGCAUACAAUGUUGCCUUCAAGGUGUAUGCUUCCUGUGGGGAGGUGGAUAAAGCUUUCAGUUUGUUCAUGCGGAUGCAUGCUUUAGGGCUAAAACCGGACACUGUUACUUGCAUUGAUUUGUCAACUUGUUAUGGGAUAUCUGGAAUGUCAGAAGGCAUGAGAAGGAUAAGUGGUCUUCUUGCAUACAGAAACAGUGAGUUUAGUAAGUCUUUACAUAAAGCACUGGUUUCCUAUAGAGAAACUGGAAGCAAUGAUCUUACUUCUCAGUUAGUCAACAAAUGA